UCUAAUUUAAGUUCGUAAAGAACUGAGGAAGAUAGUAGUUUUAUGGACUCAACUCCGAUUAAUGCCUGUUAACAAUGCAAAACAAAUAUUUAUAAAAGCAUCAUUAUUCCUUUUGAUUUUUGCCGGUUUUAUUCUUUUUUCUUCCAACAUAUCUCUACUGAUUUAUAUCCAGUGCAUUUAUUACCAAUGACCUUCACUAUUACUCCAAUUGUACCUCCUCCUCAACAGACAGGCGUUGAUUUCGGUGUCAUCAUUGAGGACUUGGAUCUCGAAAAGAUUACCCCCGAGGAUUUUGAAAAGUUAUUUGAAGCAGUUUAUACUCAUCAGGUUGUCGUCGUUCGUAAUCAGGGCCACGUCAAACCUGAGACCCAAUAUGAAUUAACUAAGCGUUUUGAUCCUCAUAAUCUGGACGUAUACGGGCAUGCAUCGAUGCACCGCGCUAAACAAUCCGUAAUCGCUCGGGAUAUCUCACCUUUACCUACUUGCCCUCAAGUUCAGCUACUAGGCAAUGGUGUUGUGCGUAAUCAUUAUGGUGUUGAUGAAAAAGUAUUGAAGCACCCUAGUCAUCUUGUUUUCCAUAAAGAUGUGUUGACUCAAGAGCAAAUGGAUGCUGGACAAACGAGAUUCUAUCGUUGGCAUAUGGACGCAGCACUGUACAAGUUGAACCCACCCAAAGUAACUACAUUAUUCGGCAUAAAAAAUCCUGAGCCUAGACGUGAGAUCGUUCGUUAUGAUGAUGGCACAGAUGAUCAGUUAGAGGUUCAAUUGGGAACAACUGCUUUCAUUUCCGGUCAAAAAGCUUUUGAAAUAUUACCUCAAGAACUUAAAGAACUAGCUUUCAAGACUAAAGUGAAAUAUGCUGCUCAUCCUUAUUUAUGGAUGUCUAAGGCAAAGGCUCAUUCAACAGGUUUAGGCAUGGUGUCAGAAGGUAAAGAACUCUCGAAGGACGAAUUACCAGAGAUUAAUGAAGAAGAUAUCAAAAUUUAUCCCAUGUUGUGGAAAAAUCCUGUAACGAACAAAAUUCAUCUACAAGUUCAUCCUGCUGCAGUGGAAGAUCUCAUCAUUGAUGGCAAGCCUGUAGGAGAUUUAAAGAAAGUGAGAGAAUUAUUGUACAAGUUCCAACGACCGGCUAUUAGUCCCGAAAAUGUGUUUGCUCAUGAAUGGCAAGACGGCGACUUUGUCAUCUUCCAUAACCGUGGUGUGUUACAUUCAGUUGUUGGCUCGUUGAAAGACACUGAUGAACGAGUAUUCCACCAGUGCAAUAUUGCUAGUGCGGACGAACCUAUUCCUGUUACUGAAGCUGAUUUUGCACCUUAUCUUGAAAUAAAAACAGCUGCAUAAUUUCAAUAUGCGCACAAUUGUAAUCUUUAACUGUUGCUAGCAUAUAUUUAAUCUUCUGCUUUGACCAAUAUUCUUGAACUGAGGUUGGUGUUGUGAGAGUCUAACCUUCUAUGAAAAUUAUGUGUCAUGGUAAAGCAAUUAAUUUGAGACGGUUUUAUCAGGGCACGUUUCUGGUAAUAUUUGUGGGUUCGAUUGCAAAUGUGUUGCAGUUUUCGUUAAAGAGCAGCUCUUUAAUCCAGGUUGCUUAAAACUGUGGACUUUUGCCUCUUCCAAAAAUUCUACCACGGCAUACUUAUUCCUACAAUGAGCCCAUUUUUGAGUUAUAAUAGAUAAUAAUCAUACUGUUAAAACUACUGUCC